AUGAUGAGCCCGUCCUCCCUGUCCUACCUCCUCCUCCUGCCACUGGGUGCCUGCUUUCCUCUACUGGACAGAAGAGAGCCGGCGGAUGCCAUGGGGGGCAUCAGAGCUGGAAUGAGCCGGGCAGGCCUGGCCGAGGGGCACCCACCCCACUUUGUGUGGAGUUCCUCCGAGUGGCCGAGGGCUCCACAGCCACAGGCUCUGCUUUUCAUGGCCAAGGAGCUGCAGACAUCGGGCCGAGAGCACGCCGGCUUCAGGUUCCGCUUUGGGAGGCAGGACAGCAGCGAGGUCACUAGCCUUCUCCCUGAUGACAGCGAGAAGGCUGGUGGUGGCACUCUUGGGAACCUGGCGGAGGAGCUCAGCGGCUACAGCAGGAAAAAAGGUGGCUUCAGCUUCCGCUUCGGCAGGCGGUGA